AUGCUCCGCAACGCGGCAUCCACCGCCCGAAAGGCCGUGACGGAGCUCUCGCAAUUCCCCAAGCCCGGCGAACAGCUCCACGGCUUCACACUCUUGCGCUCCAAGCAUGUCCCUGAACUCAAGCUGACGGCUCUCCAUCUUCAACACGACAAAACUGGUGCCGAUUACCUGCACAUUGCCCGCGAUGAUACCAACAAUGUCUUCUCCAUCGGCUUCAAGACGAACCCUCCAAACGACACUGGCAUCCCCCAUAUUCUCGAGCACACGACGCUCUGUGGUAGCAACAAAUAUCCCAUCCGCGACCCGUUCUUCAAGAUGUUGCCCCGAACCCUCUCCAACUUCAUGAACGCCUUCACGGCCUCGGAUCACACCUUCUACCCCUUCGCCACUACCAACGAGCAGGAUUUUAAGAACUUGAUGUCGGUUUACCUGGACGCUACUCUGCACCCCCUUCUCAAGCAAUCCGACUUCACCCAGGAGGGUUGGCGGAUUGGUCCGGAGAACCCGAUUGCCGAGGAUGAGGCCAGCAAGAAGUUGGUUUUCAAGGGUGUUGUUUACAACGAGAUGAAGGGUCAGAUGUCGGACGCUGGAUAUCUCUACUAUAUUCGUUUCCAUGACCACAUGUUCCCCGAUAUCAACAACUCGGGCGGCGACCCUCAAAAGAUUACCGACUUGACUUAUGAGCAGUUGAAGCAGUUCCACGCCGAACACUACCAUCCAAGCAACGCCAAGCUCUUCUCAUAUGGCGAUAUGCCACUCGCGGAUCACCUCCAAGAGGUUAACGCCCAACUCCAGGCAUUCGACAAGAUCAAGAGCGACACGCAAAUCCAUGAGCCGAUCCAACUUGAUGGACCCAAAGACGUCACCCUCUAUGGCCCCCUGGAUCCUUUGGUGGACGCCGAUCGUCAGUACAAGACAUCUGUUUCAUGGGUUACUGGUGAUACUAGUGAUGUCCUCGAGUCUUUUUCGAUUUCGCUCCUCUCUACCCUCCUGAUGGACGGAUAUGGCUCUCCCCUCUACCGAGGUCUGGUUGAGGCUGGCAUGGGUGCCGACUGGAGCCCCAAUGCCGGAUAUGAUAGCUCAGCCAAGCGUGGAAUCUUCUCUAUCGGCCUGACUGGUGUCCAGGAGUCUGACGUUCCCAAGCUCAAGGAGAAGGUGCAGCAGAUUCUACGGGAGGCACGUGGCAAGGGCUUUGAUCAGACCAAGAUCGACGGCUCUCUCCACCAGCUAGAGCUAACUCUAAAGCACAAGACGGCCAACUUUGGAUUCUCAAUGCUCAACCGCCUCAAGCCCAAGUGGUUCAAUGGAGUUGAUCCCUUUGACUCGCUCGCCUGGAACGAGACCAUCACAGCCUUCAAGGCCAAGCUGGCCGAGGGCAACUACUUGGAGAGCUUGAUGGAUAAGUAUCUACUCAACGAUAAUGCCUUGACCUUCACCAUGGCGCCUUCAACCACCUACGGCGAGGACUUGGUCAAAGAGGAACAGGAGAGAUUGGCGGGCAAGAUCCAGGACGCCAUCAAGAAGGCGGGUGGCGAGGAGAAUGCCCGAAAGCACUUUGAGAAGCAGGAGCAGGAUCUCCUAGUGGAGCAGAACAAGACAAACACUGAAGACCUGAGCUGCUUACCCACCGUUUAUGUCAAGGACAUUCCUAGGACCAAGGAGCCUGUUGUAAUCCGAGACGAAAAUACCAACGGAACAAAGAUCCAGUGGCGCGAGGCCCCUACCAACGGCCUCACCUACUUCCGUGCUAUCAACACGUUGGAGAAUCUACCGGAUGAUCUCCGCGAGCUGAUUCCUCUGUUCACCGAUAGUAUCAUGCGAUUGGGUACCAAGGACAUGUCAAUGGAGCAGCUUGAGGACCUCAUCAAGCUCAAGACGGGCGGUGUGUCGGUGGGAUACCACUGUACCCCCUCGCCAACGGACUUCCACCAAGCCAGCGAGGGCUUGAUCUUUACGGGCAUGGCUCUGGACCAAAAUGUCCCCGUCAUGUUUGAUAUUAUCGAGAAGUUGGUCCUGGGGACCGACUUUGAUAGCCCUGAGGCAGCUCUCCGCAUCCGACAGCUUCUACAGGCUUCGGCAGAUGGUGUGGUAAACGAUAUCGCGUCGACUGGACACCGAUACGCGAUGGGAUACUCUGAGGCUGGUCUGACCCGAGCUGCGUGGCUGCGCCAGCAAGUGUCAGGGUUGUCACAAGUUAAGCUGGUGACUUCACUGGCCAGCCGCCCCGAGUCGGAUAAACUCGUAGAUGUCAUCGCCAAGCUGAAGCAAAUCCAGAGCUUUGCGCUUGUCGGCGGUAACUUCCGCACUGCUCUCACCUGUGGAUCGGAGAGUGUCGCGAACAACACAGCCUCUCUGCAGACCUUUUUGGGCAGCGGCUCCCGUGGACCUUUGGAGCUGAAGAACCCGGAGCCCCGACAACUGCCUCGCGAUAGCAAGACUUUCUUCCCCCUCCCAUACCAAGUUUACUACGGCGGCCUCUCGCUGCCGACGGCGUCAUACACGUCUCCCGACGGAGCGCCGCUCCAGAUCCUGUCCCAGCUGCUUACCCACAAGCACCUGCACCACGAGAUUCGUGAGAAGGGUGGUGCUUACGGCGGUGGCGCGUACUCCCGACCACUGGAUGGCCUAUUUGGAUUCUACUCUUACCGAGACCCGAAUCCCCAGAACACGCUGAGCAUUAUGCGCAACGCAGGUCAGUGGGCAGUGGACAAGCAGUGGUCGGACCAGGACAUGGAGGAGGCCAAGAUUUCGGUGUUCCAGGGCGUUGACGCGCCCGUGUCUGUGAACCAGGAGGGCAUGGGCCGAUUCCUGUCAGGCGUCACGGAGGAGAUGAAGCAGCGCAAGCGUGUGCAGUUACUUGAUGUCUCCAAGGACCAGGUGCGCGAGGUGGCCCAGCGUUACCUCGUGGAGGCCAUGAGCAAGGGCGAGGAGAGGAUCGCGUUCUUGGGAGAGAAGCAGUCCUGGGUGGACGGCGAGUGGAAGCUUCGCGAGAUGGACGUUCAGGGCGUCGAGUAG